CACCGUCGUCAGGACGCCGCGUAAACACCUGAGCGCGCGCAGCCAGCUGCGCUCCUCGGGGCUGCUGGCCGCUGCGUUUGCGGCGGGAGGUGGUGGCGGCGGUCCCACGAGAGGGUGUAUUUUUCGUCAGCCAAGAUGGCUUCCAAAAGGAGAAAUUUGAGCUGUAGUGAAAGGCAUCAGAAAUUAGUAGAUGAAAACUACUGCAAAAAAUUACAUGUCCAAGCUUUAAAAAACAUCAACAGUCAAAUCAGGAAUCAAACGGUGCAGAAUGAAAAUGAUAACCGUGUUGAGCGCAAGCAAUUUCUCAGAUUAUUACAAAAUGAACAAUUUGAGUUGGAUAUGGAAGAGGCCAUUCAAAAGGCAGAAGAAAACAAGAGAUUGAAAGAACUCCAGCUCAAACAAGAAGAAAAACUGGCUAUGGAAUUGGCAAAACUAAAACAUGAAAGUCUAAAGGACGAAAAGAUGAGGCAACAAGUAAGAGAAAACAGCAUUGAGCUUAGAGAAUUGGAGAAGAAAUUAAAAGCAGCUUACAUGAAUAAAGAAAGGGCAGCUCAGAUUGCUGAAAAGGAUGCCAUUAAAUAUGAACAAAUGAAACGUGAUGCUGAAAUAGCCAAAACCAUGAUGGAAGAACACAAGAGAAUAAUAAAGGAAGAGAAUGCUGCAGAAGACAAACGAAACAAAGUGAAAGCACAAUACUAUCUUGACUUAGAGAAACAACUUGAAGAACAAGAAAAAAAAAAGCAGGAAGCUUAUGAGCAGUUGCUAAAAGAGAAACUCAUGAUUGAUGAAAUUGUUAGGAAGAUCUAUGAAGAAGAUCAGUUGGAAAAACAACAAAAGUUAGAAAAAAUGAAUGCAAUGCGAAGGUAUAUAGAAGAGUUUCAGAAAGAGCAGGCUCUCUGGAGAAAAAAGAAACGUGAGGAGAUGGAAGAAGAAAACAGAAAAAUCAUAGAGUUUGCUAACAUGCAGCAGCAAAGAGAAGAAGAUCGGAUGGCAAAAGUUCAAGAAAAUGAGGAGAAAAGGCUACAGCUUCAGAAUGCGUUGACACAGAGAUUAGAAGAAAUGCUGCGGCAACGUGAAGAUUUGGAAGAAGUGCGACAAGAAUUAUACCAGGAAGAACAAGCUGAAAUAUAUAAGAGGAAGCUAAAAGAAGAAGCAGAAAAGAAAUUGAGAAAGCAAAAAGAGAUGAAGCAAGAUUUUGAAGAACAAAUGGCCUUGAAGGAAUUAGUGCUACAGGCUGCAAAAGAGGAAGAGGAGAACUUUAGAAAAACUAUGCUAGCUAAAUUUGCUGAGGAUGAUCGAAUAGAACUAAUGAAUGCUCAGAAACAAAGAAUGAAGCAGCUGGAACACAGGAGGGCUGUGGAAAAACUUAUUGAAGAGCGUCGCCAACAAUUCCUUGCAGACAAACAACGUGAACUAGAAGAGUGGCAGUUGCAGCAAAGGCGGCAAGGAUUUAUUAAUGCAAUUAUUGAAGAAGAAAGGCUAAAACUUCUCAAAGAGCAUGCUACAAACUUACUAGGCUAUCUCCCUAAAGGAGUAUUUAAAAAAGAGGAUGAUAUUGAUCUGCUUGGUGAAGAGUUUAGGAAAGUAUAUCAGCAAAGGAGUGAAAUUUGUGAAGAGAAAUGAUAUCAUCAAAAUUGGGCUUGGAAAACGGCACACCAGCAGAUUGUGUCCCGCACCUGGCUCGGAGGGUCCUACGCCCACGGAGUUUUGCUGAUUGCUAGCACAGCAGUCUGAGAUCAAACUGCAAGGCAACAGCGAGGAUGGGGGAGGGGCGCCCGCCAUUGCCCAGGCUUGCUUAGGUAAACAAAGCAGCCAGGAAGCUCGAACUGGGUGGAGCCCACCACAGCUCAAGGAGGCCUGCCUGCCUCUGUAGGCUCCACCUCUGGGAGCAGGUCACAGACAAACAAAAAGUUAGCAGUAACCUCUGCAGACUUAAAUGUCCCUGUAUCACAGCUUUGAAAAGAGUAGUGGUUCUCCCAGCAUGCAGCUGGAGAUCUGAGAACGGGCAGACUGCCUCCUAAAGUGGGACCCUGACCCCCGAACAGCCUAACUGGGAGGCACCCCCUAGCAGGGACAGACUGACACGUCACUCGGCCGGGUACUACUCUGAGACAAAACUUCCAGAGGAAUGAUCAGACAGCUGAAUUUGCGGUUCACAAAAAUCCGCUGUUCUGCAGCCACCGCUGCUGACACCCAGACAAGCACUGUCUGGAGUGGACCUCUAGCAAACUCCAACAGACCUGCAGCUGAGGGUCCUGUCUGUUAGAAGGAAAACUAACAAACAGAAAGGACAUCCACACCAAAAACCCAUCUGUACAUCACCAUCAAAGACCAAAAGUAGAAAAAACUACAAAGAUGGGGAGAAAACAGAGCAGAAAAACUUGAAACUCUAAAAAGCAGAGCGCCUCUCCUCCUCCAAAGGAACAGUUUCUCACCAGCAGCGGAACAAAGCUGGACGGAGAAUGACUUUGACGAGUUGAGAGAAGAAGGCUUCAGACGAUCAAACUACUCUGAGCUACAGGAGGAAAUUCAAACCAACGGCAAAGAAGUUAAAAACUUUGAAAAAAAAUUAGAUGAAUGUUUAACUAAAAUAACCAAUGCAGAGAAGUGCUUAAAGGAGCUGAUGGAGCUGAAAGCCAAGUUUCGAGAACUACAUGAAGACUGCAGAAGCCUCAGUAGCCGAUGCGAUCAACUGGAAGAAAGUGUAUCGCUGAUGGAAGAU